AUGGGAGAUCUGCUUUUGACUGAUAAGGAGGCUGCCGGGCUGGUCAUCAAGGGCAUCGAGCGGGAGUCGGUGCCCCGGCCCAGGUGGGCGAUGGUGGGCAAGGUGUGCUCGCCGAGGAAGCUGGUGAUCGGAGCCUUUGAUCGCGCGAUGCAGCGAGCAUGGGGUCUGCAUGGCCCUGCACACUUUAAGGAGAUCGGCGACAACAGGUUCGUGGUCAGAUUCACUAGGGAAGGAGAUUGGAAACAUGUUAUGAAGAAUGGUCCGUGGCAGUUUGACUUCAAUGUCGUCCUGCUGAAGGAGUAUGAUGGUUCCAUUAGGCCAUCGGACAUGGUGUUUGAUUCGCUGGACAUGUGGGUGAGGGUCAGAGAUUUGCCGAUGGACAUGAUGAAUAAAGUUUUUGGCAAACUGAUUGGCAAUUGGGUGGGAAAGUACAUCUCAACUGAUGUGGAUGACGAAGGCAUAGCUUGGGGGAAGGAUCUACGCAUAAGGGUGUCGGUUCGUAUCGACCAACCUUUGAUGAGAGGUGUAAGUUUAAGGGAAUCUGAGGAAGAAGUGGAGGGAAAGUGGUUUGAGCUGCAAUAUGAGAAGAUCCCACACUUUUGUUUUGAAUGUGGACGGCUGGUUCAUACGGAAGAUGGCUGCCAGGCUGAGAAGGAGGAAGUCCCGCAGUGGGGAGAGUGGCUGAGGGCAUCACCGGGCAGAAGUCAGAAACCGGCGCCUCCUGCUCGUCCUUCGUUCUCCUCUGGAAGCUACACGAGUAGGUCGGCUGAUUCGGAAUUCCGCUACAGAGGCGGUGUUUCCAUUCGUGAUAUCCCUCCGAGGAGAAAUUUAGCCAGAGACUUUGCUUAUUCUAGCUCAUCACGCACUGGCGAUGUUGAGUCUGGAAGGGAGAGUGGAGGGGUGACGAGUCCUAUGAAAGGGAACCGGAUGUGGCCAUAUGACAAGCAGGAUGGGAAGGAGCCUAUGAUCGAAGCGCCAAGGAAGAGCAAAGGGGGAACAUUCACCCGCAGACCAAGAGGCCAGGGGCUUAACCAGGCCAUGGACGUGACGAGUGUACCACAGGGUGCUUUGUCCAGGAAAAGGGGUACGAAGCUGGCCUGGGUACCUGUUCCGGUCCAGGUGGUUGGGGAAGGGAGUUCAGAAUCAGCAGGAAAACGACAGCGUACUGCUUCUGUCUUCGACAGGCUAGAAGAUCCAUCGGCGGACCCUGCGGGCCAGGGCCGCCGGGCACAAUGA